AUGAAGAAGAAGCUCAAGCUUGAUCCUCUGCUUCGCGACGAGAUUAUGGUGACUGUUAUGACCAACUAUCCGGAGUUUUAUGCUGAAUGGUUGGCAGAUGAUGUAACUGAACUUCUUGUGUUGGUCGCCGAAGCCAGUGAUGACGUCUCUCCAGUGUUUAUUCCAGAACCCUUCGAUGGAAAUUGGGCCGGGGCAUUCCUUCAAUUUUUUGCUCAACGUGCCCUACAAUUUGUUGAAGAAGCUCGACGACGAGAGGAAUCCCAAGCUCUGUAUCUUGAAGCUGCUCAGAGAGAAGCAACACACAGACAGGAGAUUCUUCGACAACGGGUAAAUGAUUCUGAAACCCCUAUUGAAAUUUCUCCUGAUAGACCUGUUGAUUCUUCUAUUCCAUCGUCUGUGUCUGUUUUGCCUGAAAAUCAAUCUUCUUUGGGUUCCGAGAAGUCCCCUGUGAAUGUUGAUCCUUUAACUUUGCCUGUGACUAAUUUUGCUGGUGAAAAAUCUGAUGCGUUACAUGUGUUUGAUGAGAAAACAAAGUCCUCUGAUGAGCCAAAUCCACUGAGUCUGGUUGUUUAUGCUUCUGAGAACAUUGCUCUGCCUCCGUCUGAAACUGUUUAUGUCUCUAAAGAAUCUUGUCCUGCUGUUGAUCCUCCUGCCUUACCUGCAACUGUUAAAAUUGUUGAUUUAUCAAGUCCCCACAAGUCUGAGAAAACAGGUGGAGUUCCUGUUUACACUGCAACAUCUUUGGGAGAAAGCCUGGAACAUGUGCGACUUUUUGCUGGGUUACCAUCUGCUUCGAUCCCUCAACCUUAUGGAGUGAUACACUCUUCAGAAUCCUCCAGUGAAGAUGAUAAGAUUCUGGCUAAGGUGUAUGGAUCCCAAGCACCUUCUUCUACUGCCCCUACUGUUGAGGGAACUACUCAUCCCGAUUCCACGAAUUUCAGAAUUCGAGAGAUAUCAAAUAUUGUUGGGAGCUCAUCUGCAAAUGUUUCUGAUUCUAGCCACUCGCCUGUGAAGAAGAGAAAGUCGAGUGACACUGCUAAGCCUGAAGGAGACCCACCUAUCCACCAAGUUUUCAAGACUCUACGUUCCUCUGUUAAGCAACGAGGCACUACUGCUGCUCAAGCUUCUUCUGCACCAGCCCCCUCUGUCAGAAAAGGGAAACCUACCACAAGGUCAAGAGGUCGAAGUGUAACUCCGGAGGUUCCACCUAUUGAAGGAAUUGAUACUACUGUUUACAAACCUCAGUUUGUAUCUCCUGCUGCACAAACAAAAUGGGCCACUAUGGUUAGAAGAGAGCUGAUUGUUCAAAGAACUGUGGAUAAGAAUCAACUGAACUCCGUUUGCGACAUCCUGCCUUUGCUGAAUGAAGUUGGUCUUUUGAAAACUGUUACAGAUGUUUGCCCUUACUCCAAGCUGCUCACAUAUGAGUUCUAUUGCAAUCUCAGUGAUGAGAUUGACAGUCUCACAGGGCCACGACCGAUGCAAGUCUUCAUCAGAGGGAAGUGGUAUGAUUUUGGGCCAGAUGUGAUAAAUAAAUACUAUGGCUUGCCUACAGUGCAAGAAGAAGCUGUUACUGAAUGGGAUGUGGUGGCCAAAACUCUUACUGGUGAACAUACUACAUCUUGGCCUACAGGAGAUAAGGACUAUUUGCUGAGCUCGCAUCUCACGUCUAGAUAUGUCAUCCUACAUCGCCUGGCUCUGCACAACUGGCUUCCAUCAACGCAUUUCAACACGGUUGGCAAGCUUCUGGCAGGGUUCUUAUUUAGAAUUGGAACUAAGAUGUAG